AUGAAGCCGAACCUAAGAGGGAAAAAUUGGGGAAGGAGUGCGUUCCAGACUUUGAUAACGAUUUACAAUGUGAAAGAGUUUCUAGAGGAUGGGGUGUACAUACCUCCGGAUGUGAAGGUGAAGCAAAUGAAAGGGGCGAAGCCAGCUUGUGUGACUGUGCAAAAGAAGUUUAGUACUGAUAGGAGCAAGGUGAUGACUGCUUAUGAGGUUAGGGAUAAACCUUCUGCCCUAAAGUCUGAUGAUUGGGACCGGGUUGUGGCGGUUUUGGUGUUGAGGAAGGAAUGGCAGUUCAAGGAUUGGCCUUACAAGGAUCAGUGUAUACUCACUAGAGCUUUUUUCUCAAGUUAUCCUUUGGGGCAACUCUUAUCCCCAUCUGUGAUGUUUGGAUCCCUAACUGCAUGGAAGCUCCAGGCACAUAAGGAUUGGCUUGACAUUAGUGAAAUGCUAUGA